UUUUAAAUCAGUAAUUGUGGCACACCCCGCGGUCCAUCUGUUCAACAUGCAUUUAUUUGUUCGAGUCAAGGUGAUGGGAAUAUAUGUAAUAAAAUCUUGGAUCCACCCUUUGGUUGGAUGUAGAGACUAUGCAUAAUCACUCUUGCGUUUGGAAAUUACGUUCGUUUAUAUGCGAAAAAUUGACCUUGAUUUUUAAUAACACGAGUAAAACGCAAAAAACAAGGUGAAGCUGAAGAAGGAAUAGGAGUAUACACACCGUGAUCGCAUUAAGACGGUUUCAGGUUGUUUGUGAUGAGGGAAAAUCAUAUGUACUCCAUAGUCCUGAUAUUGUUGUGGAUUUCUGCUGGCUUGACCAAAGAAUUAUGUGUGUCUAAUCAAACCGUCAGUUAUGUGAAACACAUCAUUAGUAUCUAUGGCAACAGUUCAAAGAUCUCCACACAGCAACUUCAAGACACAUUUCAGGACUUUACAGGGCAACAAAACUUUUAUGAUAUUUGUCGGAAUUCUUCAGAGAAGUCAUGUACGGAAAAUAAGUGUUUGUCACUGGAUGACAUACUCCGUCUCCAUGGUUACAUAGAUGUAUCAGAUAUUUCUCAUCAAGGAUUGGUAGAGAUUUCACCAGCACUCUUACACAAUUACAACAAAUGUCGCCAAAAUAGGAGAGAUCAUGAGAGUUCCGAGGGCCGCAGACACAAGAAGCCUUCAUCAAUGGCUUCUUGGGGGUAUGGCUUUCUGUUCGUGACCAUCAUCAACAUUUGCUCCCUGGCAGGAGUGGUUGUACUGCCAUUUAUGAAGAAGACAUUUUACAUUAAGCUCCUUAUUUUCAUGGUGGCGCUGGCUGUGGGGAGUUUGGCAGGAAGUGGACUACUGGUCCUCAUACCCGAGGCGUUUGGAUUCCUCCAAGAUCCGGAAGGUGACCACAGUUACCUCUGGAAGGCUGUCACUAUCGCUGGUGGAGUGUAUCUCUUCUUCAUGAUUGAACGAAUCCUAAAAAUAAUUUUGGACGUCAGAAAAGCUUCCAUGACAAAUCUCGAGAUGUACUCAGUAUUUUACCAGUACACUAGGAAACCACGUAAGAAAUUUUUAGAGGGGACCAAGGAUUACAGCGAGUGUAAGCAGCUAUUUAUAGAGGAGAAAAACCGAGAUGAGACUCCGAAUGAAUCGUAUAUUAUACCUGACCGAAGCAGCAACAUGCCAUCAAUAAAAACACAGACACCCACAACAGACCGACAGAAAUAUAGCGACACAUCAACCUUACAGACAGACUCCCUGAAACAUACGACAGAAUCUCAACAGGAACUGAAGGCAAGCUUCUACCAGGGCAGCGAGGACACUCUCUGUACUCUGUCAAAAGACAAGAACUUGAAAAAGUUGGAAAAUGGCAGUUCAUCAAGUGAGGAUGAACCAGUGGUGAUUCAGCAGGAGAGGGGUGAGGUGAAAACGAUCGCGUGGAUGAUCAUCAUCGGGGACGGGCUCCACAACUUCCUGGAUGGUCUGGCCAUUGGUGCUGCUUUCACCGACAGCAUAUUUGCGGGAAUGAGCAUCUCGCUGGCUGUUAUAUGUGAAGAGCUGCCUCAUGAACUAGGCGAUUUUGCAAUUCUGUUGAAUUCUGGGAUGACAGUGAAGAAGGCACUGAUGUACAACUUCCUGUCGGCCUGUAUGUGUUACCUUGGCCUCGUGUUUGGUACCAUUCUUGGAGCCAACACAACUGCUCACUUGUGGAUUUUUGCCAUCGCAGGCGGCAUGUUCCUCUACAUAUCACUGGUUGACAUGAUGCCAGAAAUGAACAGCGCAGCUGAGAACGAAGACUAUAAAGCAAUGUUUGGAACAGCGUAUAUAUUUGUUAUUCAGAACGUGGGGAUGCUGUUCGGAUUUGGAGUGAUUUUCCUCAUGGCUUUGUACGGAACAGAAAUUGAUUUAGAGGGUUGAUGUGUAGAAUACUCUAGUUGAAUUGAUAUUCCAGAUUAAGAAUGACUAAUACUGGUAUCUAUGUAUGACCAUUGAUAGGUGUAGUUUUUUUUUUCUUCUUGAGGGUGUGCAACUGGAGGGCUAUAAAAUGAACACACACAUGUAUUUCUUUUAUUUAACACAAAGAAACAGCUUGAUCUGAGAUUCUAGAUACAGGAAUUUUCAGUUCUCACAAACAAAUGAACAAGGUCAGGGCAGCACUGCCACAUUUUAUCUUGUACACUGUAACUGUGUGUAGAACAAAAUUAAUAUACAUGUACGGGGCUGAUUUAUGGAGUAGAUGUUAAGAUUUGUAUUAUAAGGGUAUAUCAGCAAUGGAUGUUCUUAAAUUUCACAAGCAACGUAGACAUUUUAUCCUAUUUAUAUUUUGUAAUAUAUAUACAAGUAGUUUUUGUAUCAAGUUAAAGGGUAACUGCUUUUACAAAGAAUAAGAUACAUUGAAACAGCAUUGGUUUAUUAUUGACAAAGUAAAUGUGAAGUAGAGCAGCCCUCUGUAGUUUUGAGUAACUCUCUAUUUUGGGGUGCGAUUUGGAUGAUUAUGUAAUGACCUGAUCAGAUAGUACAUUGUAUGGCUCACAAAUUGAAUAUAUUAAGUAACAUGAUAUGUAAGCCUGUGUUAAAACAAUCAACAGUCAUACAGGACCAUUCCAAGGUAUCUCCCAUGUGCUGCCAUUUAGCAACUCAACCUUAGCAUGACCUUCAUUAUGUUAUCUAAUGCAUGUGUUUGAUCCAUGUUAUUUAAUACAUGCAUUUGACUCAUGUGAUCUAAUACAUGCGAGGAGUCAUGUGAUCUAAUGCAUGUGUUUGACCUGUGUUAUCUAAAACAUGUGUUUGACCUGUGUUAUUUUGAUCAUGUUAUUUAAUACAUGUGUUAUACAUCAAGCAAUUUUAAUUUCUAUCGUGAUAUCCAGUCUAUAGAAGCAUUUAUUUUUACAAGGAGUACAACAUCUGUAGCACUGAAUCUUUUGUUAAACAAAAUACCUAUUAAUUUUAGAGAGAGAUGGCGGAGGUGACAGAUUAUGUAUUGUUCUAUUUAUAGUGAUUUCAAUUUUAUUUUGUCGAAGUUAUCUCCCCUUGUACAAAGUUAGAAAAAACGAAAUAUUUUCAUAGUUUAUAUGGUGACUUAUACUUUACUAUGCACAUUUUAAAGACUUUGGUAAUAUGAACCAUUUCAUCAGCUUUCUUUUGAAAUUUUUUUGUAAUUCACUUUAUAUGUCAGAAAUGCAUUUUACUCAAAGGGACUAAUGAUGAUAUACAUGUCUUAUAUUUAUUGUAUGCAUUAUUAAUUUUGAAAAUUCUUUUGGUGAAUCACUUUGUAUGUUAAUUAUCUUGGAUUUGGUACCGAGUUUUGUAUUACAUAACUUUCAUCAUGUAUAUAUUUUUAAAAAAGGAAUUUAUUGUGGGUUGGAUACCUAUGUUAUUUGGUGUUUUUUUUAAAAUUUAAGUUGGCAUGUUUUCAUGUAGACAUAUUUGGAUACAGCUACAAUACAGUAAUUUAAGUAUAGACUUCAGUCAGUAGGUCCUCGGCGUGAGGAUGCAUCAUCCUAGCUUCAUUCUGAGAAAGAAAUUGAUUAGGGCAAUCGAUAUAUCUAACACAGAACAUUCCUCUGUUAUACUCAAUUUCAGAUCAAUACAACACUGUAGUUGAUUUUCUCAGGUUAAGGUUGUAGUCCUCUAAGUUAUGUUAGAUAACUCUUUCUCAUUACUAUAUCUGCAGAAUUCUAGAAUUUUGUGAGGAGGCAGAUAAAACGUUAAUUAUGGAUAUUCUUAUGAAAUUGAUCAGCAAUCCUUGUGGAUCACAAUUUGUUUUAUGUUUCAUGAAUUAAAGUAGUGGCAGAUUUAUGUUAAUGUGAAUAAAGACAGCAGCAGGGAUUAUGAUUUAUGUAGAAACUAUUGGGUACAACUAACAAUAUUAGCAGUCUGUGUUCAAAUGUUUUAUAGAAGUUUUCUGUAUUUACAGCCAUGUGUUAUGAAUGGCAAUAUAUCCUGCAAGUGAAUUAUCAAACAUAAUGGAGAGGUAAUGAUCUUAGUAUCGAGGUUUUAAAUUGUAUCAGUCUGAAUCAUAAUGAUUGCUCACCUUACCCCUAUAUAGGAGAGGUAAUGUUAGCUUUGUGUGUAUUAGGGGGUGUACAUACCUCUUUUGCCAAUUUUCAAAUUGUAUUAUUAAAUUGCCUGCAUUUUAUUUUGCCAUGCUUAUAUUUUUGGUUAUAUCUAGUCAUGUAUCCCAACAUUACUGUAUUGAAUUAUAGUCACUAUUUAAUCAUGUUUCUAAAAAGCCUUUCAUCCAUAGUUACAUCAGUUCCAUGUGACCAAAAUAGAUGAUAUUUUCUGUGCAUUGUUUACACUUUGCAAGUCAUACAACACAGGUUUCAAUCAUAGUCAUUUAGUCACAAACGUUAUUUCUAGGGCACAGUGAUAAUAUAGUUAUAAUGAAGAUAUUUUUUUAUGGAAUGUGAAAGCUACUGCUUUAUUGUAGUGUAGUACAUGUAUUCAUUGUGGGCGGUCAGUACUAGAAUCGAAAACAUCAGAGUUGUGUUCCUGUUCAGCUUUCAAUAGCAUUUAGUUUUGAAAUAAUUGCUGGAUGUAGUUGUAUUCCUCCAAGGAGCUUGCUGCACUAGUCCUUGGUACUUGUUAGCCUCUGUUUAGUACCACAUCUUCUAAAUUGAUCACAUGUGAACCACUUAAGAUAAAUACAAACUUGACUGUAGGUCAGAGGUAGUGAAUUUUCAUUUGGUUCAAGGUAAUAUUUUUAGGUCAAGGUCAAAUUUGCUAGAAUGUGAUUCUCUUCCUGGUGAUUAAUUUCCUCCACUGAGGCUUAAUUAGGCUGUGUAAAGGUAUUAUUAAUUUAUUAUGCCUUGUAAAGGACUCCCAUGUGUUAUGGUGUAGAAUUAAUGCGGGACACAGAUUUUGGUAUCAUAGAACAUCGACCAGGGUUACUACAGAAUAUUGUUUGUGUGUGUAGUUCCUGUUUAAUUUAAAUAACUACAAUAACUCAUUUUCUAAUUUCUCAGUCGUGCCGUCCAUUUUAAGGAGCAAGUUUUACAUGCAGUAAGUUACUGAACAUUUUAUUCUUUCCUUACUCUUGUUCAUCAGACUGAGGUAUGAAAGGGUUCUCUUUAUUCUAAUGACUUGGUGAUGUUAAAUUAAUUGGAUUUACUAAUAUACCUUUGUAAUCAGAGUCAGGGUGAAUGUUUAAUCAAGGAUUUUGUGAUACUAGGAGCAGACAACAGACUGCUGAGCAGUUGGAACUAAUUAAUUGAAGUAAUAUAUAAUCUAUGUUCACUGAACCGAGUGUGUGUUUCAUAUGUGCAAAAAGGUGUUUUAUGUGGUUUAACUUAUUUCUCAUGUCAAAAGAUACUUUUGGUCACUGAUUCUUAUCCUAAAUCACAAUCAAUAAUUGGAUCCUGAUGAAUUAUAAACUCUAACUUUUUGGACAUCUAUGUCUUUUUCUUUUUCAGUUCGCAAAAUUUUACACAUGGAAAAUCAGUCGUGCUAUAAGUAUUUAAAAAGUCAGAUUAUCUAAAAUUAAAAUAUGUCAUGUUCUUCAUUUUUCACUAGUUUAAAGAUUUGGUUGUCAAAGAUAAUAUAGUUUUUUUUUAUUCAUAUAUUCCACACAUUUCAGUUGAGAGUAUCUGAUACUGGUCCCCCCCCCCCCCCCCUAUUUUUCUUGUCAUUUUAAAUGAGGUGUGUUGAUUGAAUCUCCUAUUACCAUGGUAACAUUGUAAUGAAGUGUAGAAGAUAUAGAAUUAUUACAAUGUAGUUGAUGCUGAGUGUUGAAAGCUGUAGUUUUCAUUGUCAGUUCAACAGGGUUUAUGUAUGACAAUUACAGAAUCUCUAUGUGAUUUUAAGGAUACCAAAAUAAAUGUUACCAAUCCAAA